UUCGUUAGUUCAUUGGACAAUCUUGGACUCGACUUGAGUGUAAUAAAUAGUGGUACUUUCUAGAAUAACCAAAGGACAGAAUUCAUCUAGCAAGAAGCAGUCUACGAAGAAGUGUACGAAGACGUUCCCUACGACUUUCUUUGUCCAACUUGGGGGAAAAUUGAAAAUGUUCUAAAAAUUUCCUGAGACAAUGAGUACAGAUAUUCAAGAUGGACAACAUACAAUUAAACGUAAUCAGGAAUUWAUGUUGGAAAAAUUAUCUUCCAUACAAAACAAUCAGGUUACUAAAGACAAAUCAGAACCCAAUGACCUUGUUUCUGACAUGUGUGAUGAUGCUCCGGAAAGUUUUGAGCAGGUCGUUCUGAAUCUGGACAAAAGAGGCGUUUGGAGAGACGUUGUAAAAUCGCCGGCGAUUGAUUUUGCAAAAAGGGAAUAUGAGACUUUCGAGAGGGAUAUGGAUCAAGCUUCAAAUCUCGCUCGUGACUUGUUCGAUGUUCUUCGAACCCAUAGCCCUAAAUUAAGAGUGAGAGAUUUUGAACGAGAGCUCGAGAAAAUAGACCAACAGGGAGUUUUGAAAGUCCUUGCAGACCGUAAUAUUUCAGGUGAUAUGCUGCUUCGUGAACUUUCCGAAAUGCCCGAUAUUAUGCUUGAUAUAGAGCACAUCCUAAACGAUCCCCAGGACAUGUCCUUGUGGCAGCUUGCAGAGCGUUUAAAAAGGCGGUAUGACAUCAAUCUUGAUGCAAAUAUGUUUCGACACCGGGGAAACUAUGCAAACCCAACCUAUCAUUUGAUGGAGCAUGUCCUUGCACGUCAUCCUGAGGAACAGACAAUUAAAGAUCUGGUGAUUAAGUUGAUAAACAUCGACCGUCAGGACUGCCUGGGCAUUAUUGGAGAAUAUCUAGAGGUGAUAUUCUUUCAAUUGCUGGUUAGUACAAGGCCGUAACCAGGGGAGAGCACAGGGUGCACGUGAACCCCCCCUACCCCAUAAAAGCUUAAGGUCCGCUCAUCCAUCUCCUUUUGCUUUAGAAUUGCAUGUAAAUAUUUUUUGAUUAAAUGAAGACCACUUUCUAUCUGUAUAUUGCAGCAUUUUUAAGAAUUACUCACCCAUUAUUCCUUUAAAAAAAUUUUUUUUUUUUUGGUUUUGUAAUUUUUUUUGGUUACCUUUUUUCUUUUGGUUCUGCAAAUCAUUGCCUGUGCAUCUCCCCUGCAAGAUCCCUGGUUACCCCCUUGAAGUAGCAAAAUAAUGUAGAGGAUGGUGAUGUAACUAUCUUAGGACCAUUUAACAUUUACUGACUCGUCAAUCAAGUAAACUGUACCAAACAUCCUUUUUUACCAAAUUGAUUUUUUAUGUACACGUAUGCUAAUACACUUUUAAUGAUUACAUUUAUAGUUUUAGAACUGAUUAAUAAAGAGAAAAAUUUA